CAAAAACAUAAAAAGCAUCUUAUCUGGGGAAAUUAUUAUAGAUAUAAUAACUCCAUGACAUAACAAACGCGUUUGGAGAAACUUUAUUUGACGUGUACCUUUAGUGUUUAGCCGUCACUUUUAAGAACAGCUGGAGGAUGUAGGACCCCUGGGAGCCUUGGCCGUCCACCUCCACCAGGUGGCAGGUGCACGCCACUGUUAGCCAAUAUCCAUGUUGCACAUUCUGCAAACGUCUGAUGAAAUGGUGUCAGCAGAGAACAUCGGCAGAGCCGUUUUGGCUGCAAUACACAAUUUCUUCCAUGGCGACAGCAACGACCACAGGGCUGCCACAGACCACCUCGCAACAAUGAACGUGACCGGUGCGGGAAACGCAACUGCAGUGUGCGUUAAAAUCGGCGACAGCGUCAUUAGCGACCUCCUGAUGAGUGUCUACAUCCUGGCCUUCAUCUUUGGCUUUAUCUUCAACGUCCUCACCCUGGGCCCCAUUUUGCAACAAGUGCGCAGGCAAAAUGUCCUGGGCAUUUUCCUGCUCAGCCUGUCGCUCUCCGACAUGCUUUUCAUGUUCACCAUACCCCUCUGGAUCAACUACUACCACGAGAACCACCACUGGAAGCUGGGCGUCAUGUCAUGCAGCGUGGCCGGGUUCUUCUAUUACUCCAACAUGUACAUCAGCAUCUACCUGCUGUGUUGCAUCUCCAUGGACCGCUGCCUGGUGGUGACGUACCCUUUCCGCUCCAAAACCCAGCGGACGUCGUGCUGCGCCUGGGCGCAGUGCGUAAGCAUCUACGCGGUGGUGAUGGUGCUGCACAUCAUGGUGCUGUUCAACGACAACCUCCCCGACGCCCACGACAGCCGAGACGACCGCUGUUACGAGACCUACCCCAUGGAGAGACCCGUGGCUUUGUUCAACCUGCUGCGGGUGGGCAUCGGCUUCUUGCUCCCCCUGCUGGUGCUGGCCGUCAGCUACUGGAAGGUGCUGGCCACGGUGGGCCAGAGUCCAGGCCUGAGCGCCCAGGUCAAGAGGAAGGUGCGCAUGCUCUCCUUCGGGGUGAUCGGGAUCUUUUCGGUUUGCUUCGCGCCGUACCACAUCCUGCUGCUGAUGCGCUCGCUCGUCUUCUACCAGAAUGACAACACGCGGUUUGACGGCAGCUACUGCGAGUUUGAGCAGAAGGUGCACUUCGCCUUCUCGUGCACGCUCGCCCUGUCCAGCCUGAACUGCGUAGUGGACCCCGUGCUCUACGUGCUGAUCAGCAACGGCAUCCAGGAGGAUUUCAACGUGUGCUGCAAAAAGUGUAAAAGGACACAGAUGGAUGUGUGUGCUCCUUCCACACACAACACAGCAAAGUUGAAUAAUCAUUUGAUAUGAAUGUACUUGUUGGUAUACCUCCCAAGUCUCCAGGAAAAGACAAUCUGAUCCUUUGAGAGUGAUACAUUACCAUAUUAGUCCAGUCCCCUCGCCAACUCCCUCAUAUCCUGCUCGAUGUGGAUUAGGAGGCUGAUAAGACUAGAUAUAGUACAUGCACCGGUAUGGUAAAUAACUGUUUUACGAAGCUAUUUUUUACGGAAAAUACAUAUAAUGCUGACAGUAACACAGUGGUGCCUUGAGAUACGAGUGACCCGACUUUUUACUUUUUUGAGAAACAAGCUGAUAUUUUGGCUUUGAUUUACGAGUAUAAACUCAAGAUAUGAGGAUUAUAUCUCAAGGCACAACUGUAUAAUGGGUUCACAAACCUUUUGAGUCCAGAGACCACUUGCGGGGAGACAUUUCUACGAUAAAUGGCAGCUUUGAAACUGGAGUAUCAAGGUUCAAAAUGUAAAAAUGGCAACUAGGUGUUGGAGAGAUGCUCAUUUGCUUCCCAGCUACUGUCAAAGUGCCCUUGAGCAAGGCAGCGUCGGGGUGCAGCACUGUUUUCCCGCUCCGUUUCACUCCGACGUCUCGCCUCGCAUACCUGCAUGUGUGUCAUUUGGUUCUACCGUACAGUUGUGCGCAUAGGUUUACAAAUCCUGCCAGAAUUUCUAAAAUGUCAAACCACUAUUUAAAUAAAAGAAGUGAUGAAGCAAAACAUAAUCACAUUAAACUAUGAGGCAUUUCAGAAUAGCACAAUCAUUAAACAAAACAUCAAUAAAGAAAAUAACGAGAUGGUCCCCACCCUUGAAGAUUUAUAAUCAGUGUAAUAAAAGAAACCAUGAAUAAACACAAAAACAUCAACAUAACUACCACAUGCAUCCCUAAAUGCAAUAGGAAUGAAAAAGUUGCCUAUUUUAUUUUUUUCAAGUUACAAUAACAAUUCAUGUUUUUUUAGAGAAAAAAUUUGCAGUAGUCUGAGAAUGAAUAAAUACAUUAAAAUGUUUGGAUCUUUGCAAGAAGAAAGACGUACAGUAUUUUCUCAAGGUAUAAAAGUGUAAUCUUAUGAAAAUAAAUUUGGAGUUUUCCAAGACAAAGUUGUAAUAUUACGAUACUGCAGUCAAAGAUUAACGAGGGAAGAAAGUCAUAUUUUAUUAAAUGCCAUAACUACAACUUUAUUCUCGUAACAUUACACCUUUUAUUCUGGAAAUUACACGUUUAUUCUCUAUAAACUAUGACUAUAUUCUUGAAAAAGAUACACCUUUUGUUCUAGAAAAAAGGGCCUUAUUCCUGUUAUAUGCUUUAAAAAAACUAUUAGUGCAGGGAUGUCAGAUUUAUGUGUCGAUACGUCACAAUCAUAUCAGAAUUUGUAAUUAUCUCAAAGCUAAGGUCAUAUAAGAGUCAUUGAUUUAUUAUGUUUGUUUCAUUAGAGUCUCCAAUUCAUGCAUGUUUUUGGGAUGUGGGAGGAAUAAAUGAGGAAUAAAUGAGUAACAAGUCAAAUAAUAAUAUAUUAAAAAAUAGAAAUAAAAAACAAUAAAUAAAAAUAAAUACAGCCAUGGUUAAAAUCAAUCAGGAAUUGGAUUUUUUGGGCAUGGUCAACUAAAUACAAUACAAUCAGUAAUGCUUCUGUUUUGUAUUUUGUAAUAACGUGUGUUCUUCUGAAACAAAUCAUUUUGAAGUUGAUAAUUAUUGACUUUAAAUUAGAAAAAAAACAAAAAACGUUAACUUGAUCCCCCCCAAAAAACCUUGCAUCUUCACAAAUGUUAUAUUACAGAUCCAUUCCAUUCUGUCCAAGGUUGGCCUUGAAUGUGGUAAUGUGACUCCAUCACUUAGUGCUUCUGAGCGAUAAUGCAGGGUUGGGCUGAAAGUGUUUUAUUGAUAACUAUUCUGAGACUGGUGGUCUUUAUUAUUAUUAUCAAACAAAACAAAAAAAGCUCAAAUGACAAAGAGGAGCAGCCUCUAAGAUCGAUAACUCCUGUUAUUGGACUUCUUGUCUGGUUCAUAAUAAUAAACGCUAUGCUGAA